GGUGGAUGUAGAUUAGAUUAAUUGACUUGCGAUAGUGGGGUAGGCCAUCGGCUAAGUUGCAUCCGACGAACAUGGAUGUUUUCCUACUCAAACACCACCAUAUAUGUUACACAGGGUAGUCAAAUGACAUUAGGUGAAAUAGCAAGGCUGAAUGGCUAUAGAUAAGAAAUAUCGUGAUACAAAUCAUCUACACUGCCACCACAGGCAUAGAAAUGACAAGGCUCCAGCUUGAAAUAAAGAGAUAUAUAAAGCCAUCAGCUACUCAGGUCAGCAUGACCAGAACCAACAUCGUUGACUACCACAAUUCGAACUACCCAUAACCACAAAACCAUGUGCUUCUCUUCUAGCGAUAACGAUUACUAUGCUCCACCCAGAAAGAGAAACAACAGACGAUAUGUUUAUACCAGUGGGUCAUCCGGAGGGGGAGGAGGAAGUGGAGGAUAUUCUGGAGGGAAUCAUGGAGGAGGGCAUGGAGGACAUGGAGGCCAUGGGGGAGACGGCGGAGGAGGAGGAGAUGGAGGAGGCGGUGGUGGAGAUGGAGGCGGAGGUGGGGAGUGAUCUGAAUAUGCUGUAA